GCAGGUAUAAGACUGGGUGCCACCCACAGCCCAUCGCCGUAUCCUCCUCCAUUUCCCCACCCCCGCCGCCUCCCUCUUCUCCAAACAAAGCCGAGCCGGCACACGCACACAAGAAGCAGGCGAUGGCGUCCGACGGCAGCGGCGUUGUGGCGCUGUACGGAGGCAACAACAACAACAGCAUUCUGGACUCCAAGUCCCCCUUCGCCGUCAAGGCGGGGCUUGCCCAGAUGCUCCGCGGCGGCGUCAUCAUGGACGUGGUCACCGCCGACCAGGCGCGCAUCGCCGAGGAGGCGGGGGCCUGCGCCGUCAUGGCGCUGGAGCGCGUCCCCGCCGACAUCCGCGCGCAGGGCGGCGUGGCCCGGAUGUCUGACCCGGGCCUCAUCCGCGACAUCAAGCGGGCCGUCACCAUCCCGGUCAUGGCCAAAGCCCGCAUCGGCCACUUUGUGGAGGCCCAGAUCCUGGAGCACAUCGGCGUCGACUACGUGGACGAGAGCGAGGUGCUCACGCUCGCCGACGACGCCCACCACAUCAACAAGCACAACUUCCGCGUCCCCUUCGUCUGCGGCUGCCGCAACCUCGGCGAGGCCCUGCGCCGGGUCCGCGAGGGCGCCGCCAUGAUCCGGACCAAGGGGGAGGCCGGCACGGGCAACGUCGUCGAGGCCGUCCGCCACGUCCGCUCCGUCAUGGGCGACGUCCGCGCGCUCCGGGCCAUGGACGACGACGAGGUCUUCUCCUACGCCAAGUCCAUCGCCGCGCCCUACGACCUCGUCCUGCAGACCAAGCAGCUCGGCCGCCUCCCCGUCGUCCAGUUCGCCGCGGGAGGCGUCGCCACCCCCGCCGACGCCGCGCUCAUGAUACAGCUCGGCUGCGACGGCGUCUUCGUCGGCUCCGGCAUCUUCAAGAGCGGCGACCCGGCCCGCCGCGCGCGGGCCAUCGUGCAGGCCGUCACCCACUACAGCGACCCCGCCGUGCUCGCCGAGGUCAGCUGCGACCUGGGGGAGGCCAUGGUCGGCAUCAACCUCUCCGACCCCAAGGUCGAGCGAUUCGCAGCGCGCUCCGACUGAUCCCCUUGUGCUCCUCCAAUCCAAUCCAAUCCAAUAUUGCUCUGCUCUAGUCGCCUCCAUCAAGCAAUCCACCACCCAUGAUCAACAACUUUAAAUUGCUAGCUCGCUCCAGUAUCAUUCCUUCAUUAUAUAGCUCCCUCCGAUAACCAGGAGCUCAAGUUCAAGUUUGUACGGUACAUGCAUGCGAUGCGCCUCGAGUCAGUCAAUCCUCUGUCCUUUAUAUACAUAUAUAUACCCCUUUUCUUCUUAUAUACACAUAUGUUGUGGUCUCUGCAUUCUUGUUAACAACACCCAGGUUAAGUGCCUGCUUCUUUGGGUCAUGUCCUGCUAUAAACAAUCUUCUUGUCACUUGGUUUUGUUUCUACUACUCUAGUACUUGCUGCCGGUCGUGCUGGUCCGUUGGACUCUGCUUAAUUACCAUAACUCAGUACUACUCGACUCAAUAUAAUCGAAUGAUGUAUUACUAUC